AUGACUGAUUCUGCUUGGAAAGAAUUUAACAAAUACCCACCAAAUACACCAAAAGGACAUCCAGUUGCAGAAUGCAUUCAUUGUGAUCAAAAAUUAUCAGGCCAAGCACAACGUCUUCGUUCACAUUUAAAUUCUUGUCAAAAAUAUCAAAAUUUUUUAAAUUUAAAUCAAAAUGAACCUACAAUUUCUAAUUCUUUACCUGUUACUGUUAUUCAAAAAAAUCCAAAUUUACCAGUUGAUCCUUACUUGUCACGUCAAUUAAAUCCUAUUGAACAAAAAACAAUUGAUAAAAAAAUUGCUCGUGCAUUUUAUGCAUGUGGUAUUCCACAUGUAUUAAUUGAAAAUAAUUUUUUUAUUGCAGCUUUAAAAUCACUUCAUCCUACUUAUAAUCCACCAUCUCAUUGGUUACUUGGCAAUAAUUUGUUAAGUGAUGAAUAUAAAGAAAUUAAAGAUCACGUUCAAAAAAUUUAUUCAAAAGAAAAGUUUAUUUCUAUCUCAACAGAUGGAUGGUCAAAUCAGCGCAAUGAAUUAAUUAUUAAUUAUAUGUCUUUGACAACACAUGGUCCAAUUUUUAUUAAAUCAACAGUAACAAAAACUAAUUCUCAUAUAGCUGAAUAUAUUGCAGAAGGAAUUCAAAAUGUUAUUCUAGAAUUUCUAGAAGUUAAAGAAACUUUUGUAGUAUCAGUUGUAACUGAUAAUGCAGCUAAUAUGCCACAUUCGGCAAAUUUAAUUAUUUCUGAUAUCUUUAAAAAAUCUAAUCUUAUUGAUGAUGAGUUACAGUGGACACGUAAUACAUUAGAAAUAGCAAAAAAGAAUAAAACUAUCGCAUUAGUGAAUCCUAUAAAAACACGAUGGGAAACUCAACUAGCAGUACUUGAAAAAUUAUUAGAAUCAAAAAGUAGCAUUCAGAACUCAGCAAGAUCGUCAAAUAGAAUUUUAAUUGCUGAUGAGGAUAAUUGGGAUAAUAUUUCAGUUUUAGCUGAAGUAUUACGCCCUAUUGUAAAAUGUAUUACUAUGUUCGAAAGUAAUUCAGCUACCUUAUCUCUUGUUUAUAAAGAAAUGGCUGAUAUGAAAAAUUUAGAAUACAAUAUUACAAAUCCUAUUCAAGAUUCUGUAAUAGAUAUUAUUACUAAACGGUUUAAUUAUAUGCAAAGUCCUAUAAUGCUAUUAGCCUAUCUUCUUGAUGGCCGCUUUUAUCCACAUCAUCACUUUCGUCCUACAGUUCAUGCGUUAACUCAGCUAUUUCAAGAUGUUACGCCAUAUAUUAGUAAUUUUAUUCUCAAACCUGAAAAAGAAAUACAUGCUAAAUUGUAUAAAGAAUAUGGAGAGCUAGUCGCUCUUCUUGACUCCAAUAUUAUCUUACAAGAAGCAGCAAAAGACUUGCAUCCUCAUGAAUUAGUAUGGUUAUCAGAUAUUGAACAAGAAGUAGACGAUGAAAAUGAUUUUUGGGAAGGUUUUGAUGAACUUACUGAUCAAGUUCUUUAUGAUAUCGAAUAG